CCUCCGUGUCUGAUGCCAGGGAUCUUGUGAAGAUGGAAUCUGUCCCCAUUAAAGAGGAGCUCCCUGAGCUUGAACUAGUCCCCAUUAGACUGGUUUUCUCCGGAUUGCCUUCCCUCCCCAUGAAACAGGAGAUGCCAUGUGACAGCAUCAAGACAGAGGUGCCUGAUAUUAAAGAUGAGAGCAAUGAACUGGAGAUUCCCCAGACAGCAGGACCAGGUCCCAUUAAAGAAGAGCAGCCACUAAGCAGAACCAUGUGUGAUGCCAUGGACAGCGUGAAGACUGAAUCUGACCUGAUUAAAGAGGAGCUCCCUGAACUUGAAGUGGUCCCCAUUACAUUACUAUCUGCACUGGCUUCCCUCCCCAUUAAACAGGAGCUCUGUGAGAUCAUGCCAUGCAGCGCGAUCAAGCCAGAGGGGAGUGCUGGGAUUAAAGCUGAACCCAGUGAAUUGGGGAUCUGCCAGACAGAAGAACCAGUUUCCUUGAAAGCAGCCCCCCCUGCGCUGGGUCCUGUAUGCCUGCGGGCAUGUAGUGUGGUGCUGAAGAGAAUCUGCCUGAGAGUGCAGGGCGCUGGAGCGGGAGCCAGCUCUCCCAACAGCAUGCAAGGAUGUGGAAAGGAAGACGGGGGGAGCUCCCAUUCAGAGUGCAGUCCAGCAGGUUCCAGAACAGCAGCUAAAGUAAGGGCGAGCAGUGACUGUGGGAAUGGUGUCACCAAGUCAGGAGGUUUUAGAAUACUCCAGCGACCACGCAGAGGAAAGAAACCAUAUCUCUGCUCUGACUGUGGGAAGAGUUUCAGUUGGUCACGAAACCUUACAUCACACCAGCGAAUUCACACAGGAGAGAAACCAUAUCACUGUUCUGACUGUGGGAAGAGGUUUAUUCAUUCAGCAGCCCUUGUAAUACACCAUCAAAUUCACACAGGAGAGAAACCAUAUCACUGUUCUGACUAUGGAAAGAGGUUUAAUCAGUCAGGACAUGUUAAAACACACCAGCAAGCUCACACAGGAGAGAAACUGUAUCAGUGUUCUGACUGUGGGAUGAGGUUUAAUCAGUCAGGAUCCCUUAAAACACACCAGCGAACUUACACAGGAGAGAAAGCGUAUCGCUCUGACUGUGGAAAGACGUUCAUUUCAUCAACAAACCUUGUAUCACACCUGUGAAUUCACACAGGAGAGAAACUGUAUCAGUGUUCUGACUGUGGGAUGAGGUUUAAUCACUCAGGACAGCUUAAAACACACCAUCGAACUCACACAGGAGUGAAACUGUAUCGCUGCUCCGAUUGUGCGAAGAGUUACAGUGAUUCAAGAGCCUUUGAAAAACACCAGCGAAUUCACACAUGAUAAAAAUGCAUUGCUCCUCUUACUGUGGAAAGAGUUUAAAUAAGACAUGACUGAAUUCAUGUAAGAGAGAAACCAAAAAAAAAACCCUUUAAAUUUCAGUGAUGUUCCGCGUGAAAUAACGUUCACCUGUUUUGCUCAGAAGAGCCAGCUUCUGUUUCAUUGUAGCAGGGCUGGCUAGUGUGGGUUCCUGAGCUGAGGACCCAGCCAGACCCUGCCAGAAAUCUUUAACCCUUUGAGUAGUGUGAACGUACCAGCACAUUCAUUGAAUUAAUGGU